GAGUAAUCUGAAAAACAAACAACCCAACACCACUUCCAUCCUGUACUGGACAAGCAACAGUGACAAAGGGAUUGCUACAGACCAGGCAAAUUCUUCACAAAAAAAAAUAAUCCAUCUCACCUAAAAGAAGAAUCUCCGGAACACAAUCCCUGGAACACAAUUCCAAACAGCUGUAAACUCAGAGGACUGGGAGAGAAGAAAAUGAUUUAUAGAAUUGUAUUGAUACUAUCUCUGUACAGGCUAUCGCUGUGUCAAGAAGGAAGAAUAGAAAAGAUCCAAAAAUGUGAAACAAGAUGUUCCAAGGGCCUCCAAUGCAAAAGCAAACUCCACCAUUACUUUGCCCAGUGCCGGAGUCAACCCACCAGCCUCAGAGCAAUUGUCACCUUUCAGAACGUCAGCCUGUCGACAGUAAUGAAAUGUGAGGGAAGACAGAAUUGCUCUCUUCACCUGCAGGCCCACACUGCUCUUCAGCUCAGUGAGCACAUCCAUGGUUUCUCUAUCUGCAUUCUCACUGCAGGGAUGAUAUUUAACCAAUGUAGGCUUGUCACCUUCCCCAAAUCAACCAUGCAGACAUGGGAGGGACUACAGGUGGAGGUUCAGGAUGACUUUUCUCGGGUAUGGCCAAGUCAAGAUGUCCACGUCACUUUGAAAACAUAUCCAAGCUACUGUGGUGUGACUUGGUCAAGCACUUACCAUGUCCCAGAAUGUAGCAGCAAUGAUCUUCGUUCAAACAUUCCAGAGUGCAUCACCGGAAGGCUUGCCUACACUGUGGACUCGAAAAGGAAAAAGCUGGAGGUGUCUGUCUCAGACAUGCUGGAGAAUAAAGACUAUCAACUGAGGCUGUGUCAGAAAGGACAGUUCACAUGCAGAGACACAGGGGAAAACACAAUGAUCAAAAAGGAUGACGUGUCAAAGAAUGCUACUCUGCAUUACUCCACACCGCUGCCUUGUCUCUGUAUUGAGGGCUGGUCUGCAAUGUCUGAUGCACCCAGAGUUCAAGUCUGUCCCUUCAAAGACCGUCUGGAGGAGUUGUGGUCUGGCAUUACCUAUGACCCCAUGGAGGCGACGUUGUCAUGGGAACCAGUGUGUCCUGUUGCCGCAGUGAUCUCACUGUGCCAGAAACGAGGGGAUAAUGGAUGUGAAGACCUGGAGGGAUCCUUACAGAUCCUCAACAGGGAAAAGAUAACAUUCUCUGGAGUGGAUCCACACGCACAGCUUUGCAUGAAGUUUACCACAGAUUCAGGAUCCUGGAUCCAGUGCCCCUUUGCUGAUGGGAAUUUCCAAGCCUGGGACCUGAGUGUAGAGCAACGAGAGGGUCAGCAGCAACUGGUCGUGACAUCGCGGGUCAAAUCUCCACUCUCUCUGUACGUGUGUGUGACGACGGGGACCUCCAACUGCAGCCCAGUGCACUCGUUCCAUGUUCACGUGGAAAAAUCUGUUAGUCUCAACCUGACAGUAAACCUAUGCCAACCAAACACCUGUCUCCAGGUGAAGAGGCUUCAUGUGAAAUAUGGCACCACCAUCCUUCACUGCCAUCCGGAAUGCUGUAAGAUGGUCCAAGACGAUGCCAGAGGCCAUGCCACUUCCAUGGCUGAGAGCCACAUGGCAUUGCAAGGCUACUGGGAGCUGACCCUGGUAGUCAUUUCAGCUGCAGCUUUGAUCUCUGUUGUCACAAUGGCAGCUUCACUGAGACACAUUUUAACUGUAUACUGGAGGAUCAGAAAAGGACAGGAUGGGGUCUGUCUAUCAAAACAACAUACAGAACCUCCACACACGGCGGGCCAUGUCAGCCUAGGACUCCAGUAUCACGAGAUCCCUGUGCCUGACACUCCCCAGUUUAAAAACAGUGAGAAGGCCAAUUUACUCAAAUAAUCUAAUGCCUGUACAUAAAGAUGAUGAUGUUACAAAAAGUUAAAAAGAAUAUAGUACUCUGUAUAUUUUUGUUCUUUUUGUUGCCUUUUGCAUUGGAUAAAUAUUUUUGUUGAUGUAAGUAAACAGUAUGUUUUAAUAUAUUUAAGAUAUGACUUAAUAUGGAUGAAUUUAACUGUAUAUUAUGUGCUGUAUGUGAAAUAUGAAAUGAGUGUUUUGUUAUAUGUAUCAAUAAUUUUUCCUACUGGUGUUACUGUGCAUUGUCAUUUAGGUCCUACACAAAUAUAUAUAGUCAGUGAAAGGUUCUCCAGGACUGGUCAUUUUAAUUUGUCUCAGUUUUAAAAAAGACAACAGUAGACACUAAUGGAGAGACCCCUUUUGGACCAAUUGAGAUAUUGUGUGUGACUAAUAAAUAUUACAUUUUUACUAUCGUC